ACCAGCGAAGCGUAUUACAUGUCGCUUUAUCAUCCCUCCAGGAUGGACGAUAGCAAAACUAAUCCAUGGUGACAGGCAUCUGCGACCUCCCGGCGGACUGCCUGGCGCUGGUCGCGUCCCUGACCUCCCCCGGGGACGCGUGCAGGCUGGCGGCCACCGCCAUCGCGCUCCGGGCGGCUGCCGACUCCGACCAGGUCUGGGGGAGCUUCCUCCCGGCGGACUGCACCGACAUCCUCGCGCGGUGUAGUGCUGCCGGUGAUGAGCGCCGCCGGGAAGGAGAAACGAAUAAGGAGCUCUUCUCCCGACUCUGCGACUGCCCCGUCUUUCUCGACGGCGGCAAGCUGAGCUUCUCGCUGGAGAGGCAUAGCGGCGCCAAGAAGUACAUGAUAGCUCUGUGGCACGGGUUUGGUGGCUACCAGUACUACGGAUUGGAGGACUCGUCCAGUCACACUUUCACCUUCACUCCAGUGUGCAGCUGCGCUCUAGGGAGGUGAGCAUUCCAUCGUCCGACGUUGCGGCGCCCUUCUAGCGAGGGCGACGAGCAGGGGCCACCUUUCGGUGAUGGAACUGGAUGGCGCUGGUGCGCCAGACGUGCAAGCGAUGGCGAUGACAUAGCUUCCAAAGACGGCUGGCAUCCCUUGCGAGGUGGCCUCCUUCGCGGUGUUGGUCCUUCAAUGAUGUUUGAGGGCUGCAGUGUCUAGUUGUCUUUGCUUUUUGGACAUUGUUGCUGCUCCUGAGCUCCAUUAUAUAAUGCUAGAGUUUUCUCUUUGUUUUUCUUGUGUCUUUCAGUGUUGUGUUGAAUUGUAUCGUUGCUUGUAAGGGCUUCAUUUUUUAAAGCCGGGCGCCAUCCUCUUUUCUAGACAUUGAGCCUUACUAUUUCGUCCUGUAGAUUCCGCGAGGUGGCGGCUCACUCAUAGAUGUUGUGGGUGACGUGGACGUCAUCAUGAACACCAAGAACCUCUCAGCUUCGAUAGAGGCUAUGUAGCCUAUCUUGUAUAUAGGGUGCAUUGGUGGUAUACAUUUGUACAGACACAUCUCAGAACCAAAACCAAAAAGCUGUAGGGGUCCUGCUUCGCUGCCAUUUGCAACAUGAUUGCAACCAUCUCAUGCCUCA